AGUAUUUAAACCCCCAUGGUUUGCGCUGAUGAACCAUCAGUUGUUGAACUCAUUUCAAACGGCUUCAGGAUGUUCAGGCUUUGCGUUUUCACUUUAUUGGUCUUGGCUGCCGUAGCCAAUCCUGUUCAAAGGACUCCAACCAUGGCUGAGAAGAGACUUGAAGAGGCUGGGUUCUUUGAAGGUGACAUGCGUUUCCCUCCUGGAAGGAAUGCUUUGGUCAACACUGCCACACGUUGGACCUCAAAAACUGUCUAUUACCAAAUUGAUGGUGCCUUCUCCGCUGCAGAAAAGAAUACAAUCAUUGGUGCUCUCAACGCUAUCCAAUCUGCCACCUGUGUGAAAUUCGUUGCUAGGUCCAACCAAGCCAACUAUGUUUACGUUACCCGUGAAAAUUCUGGAUGUUGGUCUUAUGUUGGCAUGUUGAAGGGACGUCAACAACUGAACUUGCAAGGAAACGGUUGUGUAUACCAUGGAACUGCCAUCCACGAAUUCUUGCAUGCUCUUGGUCUUCAUCAUCAACAAAGUGCUACAGACCGUGACAACUAUGUCACCAUCCAAUUCGGUAAUAUCCAAUCUGGAAAGGAGAGCAACUUCGACAAAUACGCCAGCAGUUACGUCACCGACUUCGGUAUUGGUUACGAUUAUGGAAGUAUCAUGCACUACGAUGCCUAUGCCUUCAGCAAGAACGGUCAAAAGACCAUUGUGACCAAGGACUCCAGUGCCACAAUUGGACAACGUAAUGGAUUGAGUUCCAAGGACAUUGCCAAGAUCAAGGCUAUGUACAGCUGCUAAAACAAUUGGUUGUGAAUAUGAUGAUUUGAUGAAUAAAGACCAAGUGUUUGAGUAAA